AUGUCAACGUCACCGAAAACUGCCGCCUGUAGGCGCACCGUACUGUCGUGCGUCAGGUGUCGGAAGAGGAAAUCCAAGUGCCUCGCCGUGGGCGCGGAAUGCAGGGGAUUCAACUCAGCGCGGGACGCUGCCAUUCCCCGAAGCAUUGUACAGCACCUUGAGAAUGAGAUUGCCAGCUAUGAGUUGAAAUUGGCGGAACUAGGUUGCGUUGACGCCGACAACCAAGAAGAGAUUGGUGGCACUGAACCUUCAGUCACAAAUCUUUCUUUCCUUGCCACGGAUGCUAUGAUCGAUGAGCCAUCGCAUGCCUCUCCUUUAGAGAUGGUGAUCUCUGAUCACCCUGUAGUCGUCGAACAUGCGACAAAUAGUCCCCCUACGGAUCCAUCCUGUCACCAGCGGAGGGGAUCGGUUGCCCGAGACGCGACAAAGGAGCGAGUCAUUGCCUGCGCUGAAAUCCAGUCGAUGAUCAACGCGACGUUACCAGUUGGUCCGUCGCUGACAGACGUUGUACGGCGCGUCCGCAUGGGUCUCACGCCGUCGCUGGUUAUCUCGCCCGAGGCGAAGGAGCAGGCCCAAAGCAAGACGCCAGCCCAGAAUCGCGACAGCCAGCCGGAGACUGACGUGUCAGUAUUAAUGAGCCUCCCGCCUCACGUCGUCCACACGUUGGUCAAAAAAUACGUGCAACGCAUGCUCCCCGUUCACCCGUUCCUCUACGAGCCGACAAUAUGGGAACAGCUCGACCGCGUACUUGCGAAGAUCCCGCGGGCUGAAGGUGGUGCGUCUUGCUCACGGACAGUAAAGCUCGACUACGACUUCCUCGUCAUUUACUUGAUUCUCUCCGUGUCAACAACCUUGGGCAGUGCAAAGGUAGGGCAAGGCGCACGAUGCAUGGCGUUCUCUGAAGCACUAUUCAAAGAAGGCAUUCGGCACCUCUCCCAGAAUGCGGCGUAUCCCUCCGACAUGGCUUGGAUUCAAGUCACCUUGCUCAUUCUGCAGUACGCAUCCAUCAAUCCAAAGUUGGGAAAUGUGUGGAUUCUCAGCGGUUUCGCCAUGCGCAAUUGUCUCGAGCUGGGCCUACACCGCGAAGUGUCAAAAAGUAUAGGUCUGGACCCCUUGACUAUCGAUCUCCGCCGGCGCAUAUUUUGGGCCGCAUACUGUAUGGAUCGGUCCAUUUGUGCGGCGCUCCAGAGACCCCUAUCGAUUCCGGACCCGGCGAUCGACACGAGCGUCAUGUCGAUGCUUGAAGACCGCUGUAUCACUUCACAUGGCCUCGAUCACCAGGGUCAGGAAACCAAGAAAUUGGCCCUUCGCUGGAUCGAGUACAGACGAGUGCAAUCCACCAUCAUUGAAGUCCACUUUCAAAGCAGGCUGCUGGAUCCCCAACAGACAUGGCAAGAAUGGCUGGCAGUGAUUGAGCGACGACUAUGGGAAUGGUAUCAGUCCGAUCUUCCUCACGACGGAUGGACCGAAUUUGCGUUGAUGCACGGCCUCGUAAUGCUGCACCGACCUUCUUCUCGCGUGCCUUUACCGUCUUCCACGAGCAUGUCCACCGCUUUCGAGGCUGCCUGCUCCGCAGCCAAGAGCUGCCGGGGACAGAUAACAUCAGGAUACUUCCCACGCCCAUGGCUUGCGGCUCACCACACCUUUGAAAUGGCCCUGGUGGUGCUUUUCUGCUUGCGACACAACUUCGAGGCGAUUGCCCUGCAGUUUACCCCCAACGAGAUCUUUGAGAUGACAAAGCUCUUCACUUCGAACUUGCUCACUAUCUCAAGCCAGGGUUGGACCGAAGUCUCAGCGUAUGCGGCCAUCUACGAAAGACUACUGAGCCCACUUUUAGACGCCAUCUUCACGCGGUCUAGACCCGUCGCAACGGCACACACCCCUGAGCAGGAGGCGGAAUUGGCGAGGCUGCUGUACCCCAGUCCCGCACAUCCGCAGGAGUUCCGGUUCGUGGAGAUAGGAGGUACCGGUGUCUCGGAGGAUCUGUUCUCGUUCGAUGCUGGUAUCUUCGACUGGGAUGACGAUCAGCUUGCGAACGACACGACUUCAUUCCCAUCCUUUGUGUUUUAA